AUGUUGUGUGACCUCUGUGCAGCAUCACCCACGACCACCACAGAUCUCCACCGCGAACCAUCGCAACUUGCAAGCCCAUCGCAAAACCAACCGCAGCCCCCACCACCCUCACUUUUCUUCACUCUAAUCUCGCAUUCACCGAAACCAUCUUCGUGUGCCGUCUCCGCGGUUGCAGCCUCCACCCUUGUUCUAAUACCCCUUUCCCUUCUUCACCAAAACCCUAACCGCGUUACCUCCAUCAUUGCUUACGCGCCUCUCCACCGCUCAUCCACCUUGGUCAAGAUUGAAUUUGAACUUGAUUUUAGGUUUGUAUGUUGGAGGGGUCGAGACUGGUCUUAUUUGAGUUUGAAUGAUAUUAUUUGGUUUUGGGUUAUGGUUGUCCGGUUUGCAUUGGUUCAAACUGGUUUUGUUUGGGGUUUAGUCCUGGUUUGA